CGUCCGAUAAACGCCAAGAAACCGACGACACUAGAGAACAAUCUCCGUUCUUCCCUCUAUCCCCUCUUAUUUCUGGUUCACGCAAUCACGCUCCUCACUUUCUGUUUGUUUCCCGGGAAAGCACUCCGUUUCCGAGAAAGUAAAACGAGCCGAGGACGACGACAUUUCACUCUUUCGAGUAAACCUCCGCAAGCUCAGCAGAUCGCACAUUGUUAGAUCGUGAUUGCGACCACCCCCGCGAGUAAUCCGUUGCCCUUUCCGUCCUUCCCAAUCUUCGUCUUUCAUAAAGCGACGGGGUCCAACACGAAGGAGGAGAGCUGGAUCCGUCUCAGGAACCAGCGCAGUCCUUGAAGGCACCAGCCGCCGCUGCCGCCGCCGCCGCUGCCACUGCCACUAGCAGUAACGGUCAGAUCCGCUACCGCUCGCCUUCCUCCGCCGAGCUACUGGAGACCGGAGCCACUUCCCCGACGCAUUCCGACCAUCCCGCCUCCUCCGACAAGAUGAGCAAGCGCAACGCCCUCCGUCACGAGAAUUUCUCCGACAAGAUCCAGAGGUACCGGAGCGUUCUCUUGGUGAUCUCCAUCCCGAUGCUCUUGAUCGGAUUCGUCUUGUUCGUGAUGCCCGGCCGGGAAGAGUACGAGAUCACCAACCGGAAGCUGUCCCCCAAUUUGAAGGACUCUAGGAACUACGCUGUUAUAUUUGAUGCGGGUAGUUCUGGAAGUCGAGUUCAUGUCUUCUGUUUUGAUCCCAAUAUGGAUCUCAUUCCAAUUGGCGGAGAGCUAGAGCUUUUCCUUCAGCUUAAGCCUGGUUUGAGCUACUAUGCCAAGGACCCACGGGCGGCAGCGGAGUCCCUCACCUCUCUACUCGAUAAGGCAGAAGCUGCUGUGCCCAGGGAACUGCGAUCCAAGACCCCAGUUAGAGUCGGGGCGACUGCAGGCUUGAGGGCAUUGGAGGGUGAUGCAUCUGACCGAAUUUUGCAAGCGGUUAGGGAUCUUCUGAAAGAUCGGAGCACCUUGAAAUCUGAUGCAAAUUCGGUCACAGUCUUGGACGGUUCUCAAGAGGGUUCAUAUCAGUGGGUCACAAUUAAUUAUCUCUCAGGAAAGUUGGGGAGGUCUUAUGCCAGUACAGUCGGGGUAGUUGAUCUUGGUGGUGGAUCUGUUCAAAUGGCAUAUGCCAUUUCUGAGGCAGAUGCAGCAAAAGUUCCAAGGGUGACAGAUGGAGAGGAUACCUAUGUACACAAAAUGCUUCUGAAGGGAACAACAUAUUACCUUUAUGUUCACAGCUAUUUGCACUAUGGACUAUUGGCAGCUAGAGCUGAGAUUUUGAAGGUGUCUGAUGGCUCAUCCAAUCCAUGCGUUUUGGGUGGUUAUGAUGGUUCAUACUCGUAUGGAGGAGAGAACUUCAAGGCAUCUGCAUCUCCUAGCGGUUCUAACUUGGAAGAGUGUAGAAGGGUAGCUACUAGGGCGCUGAAAAUUAACGAGACUACAUGUGUGCACAUGAAAUGCACCUUCGGUGGAAUAUGGAAUGGUGGGGGUGGAGAUGGCCAAAAGAACCUAUUUGUUGCUUCAUUUUUCUUUGACAGGGCUGCUGAGGCAGGUUUCAUUAAUCCCAAAAUACCUGUUGCUAAAGUUCGUCCAUCGGAUUUUGAGGAAGCAGCUAAAAGGGCAUGUGAAUCUAAGCUCGAUGCUGCGAAAGCAACUUACCCUGGUGUCGAAGAGGGUAACCUGCCGUAUCUCUGCAUGGAUCUUGUCUACCAGUACACAUUGCUUGUUGAUGGAUUUGGUCUAAGUCCCUGGCAGGACAUCACGCUGGUGAAGCAGGUUAAAUACCGAGAUGCGUAUGUUGAAGCGGCAUGGCCAUUAGGUAGCGCCAUUGAGGCCGUUUCAGCAUUGUGAUUUUGAUUCAUAAAUAGGCUUUGAAUUCGGGUAGAGGAUUGUGUGGGCGGGUUUAGUGAUCUGAAGGGAGUGCACCGGCAAUGUUUUCUCAAGCAGCAGCUGGGGAAUGGAUGAGAUGAGACCCUUUUGUUUGCGCCUGUAAUGUUUUUGGGAAUAAUAGGUGGUGAUACGGGGGAAAGAAGAGAGAGAGAGAGAGAGAGAGAGAGAGAGAGAGAGAGAAGUCCUACGUUUUGAUUAUUGCUUGGCUUGUGCCUGUGGCAUAAUUCUUUAGACGCAGAGCUCCAUUUGUUUUUUUCGUUGAAUCUUCAUUCUGUAACUAGGUUGUAGAACAUCGUGAUCUGUUAUUACCAUUUAUCCGAAUUUUGAUUCAAUUCAAUUCUCAUCUGGUUAUCUGUAUCGGUCGUUUGGUUCUUUUGUUUCAGUGGAAGCACUCGCACCCAUCGGCUCAGCGUUUUAUAUUUAGCAAAAUACACUUGUAUAGUCACA